AUAGAUAUAAAAUUUAAUAUACAAACUAUUACAUAUAUAUAAUAUUUUUAUAAUCAAACUAUAUUUAAUUAAAGAAAAAAAAAAAAAAAGAAAAAAAAAAUCAAAUGAAAUUUAUUGCAAUUUUAUUAAUCGCCCUUUUGGGUUUUGUCUCGACAACAUCGGCCUCACAAGCAGAGUGUGAUUUUUGCGAUGUUGUAGUAAAUUAUGUUGAAGGAUUUGUUUUAAAGAAUAAAACACAAUCAGAAAUUGAAACCGAACUUGAAAAAGUUUGCAACCUUGUAUCACCAAACUUAAAAUCAACAUGUGAUAAUAUCGUUAUGGCUUACACUGAAACAAUUAUUAAAUUAAUUAUUAUGAAAGAAAACCCAAGUACAAUUUGCCAACAAAUCAAAAUAUGCCCACAAACUCCACAACCAAGUCUCUAUGAACAAAUGGCAUCAUUUAAUCAAGAUAAAUUAAAAGAAAUCAAGGGUGAAGUUUUAAAAAAAGCAUCUCCACUCUUAGGUAGAACUAGAGAAAGCUCUGAUAUUUGCUCCAUUUGUAAAAUCGUUACCGGUGAUGUCAUCGUCAUGGUUAAACAAAACAAAACAGAAAGUGAAAUUAUUUCAGAUUUGGAUAAUGUUUGUAAAGAGUUUAAAGUAUUUGCUAAUCAAUGUACUCAAAUGGUAGAACAAUAUGUACCAGCCAUCAUUGGUAUGAUUGAAAGUGAAGAUCCACAAGAGAUUUGCCAACAAAUCAAAUUAUGUCCCCCAUCAAACAGCAAUCACAACAACAAUAACAACAAUCACAACUUUUACAACCGUCCAAUUAACAAAGGAAGACUUUCAAUUACAAAGAAUUUUUAAUUUUUUUUUUUUCCCAAUCUUAAAACAACAAAAAAAUAUAUAAAAUAAAAAAAAAAAAAAAAAGAUAAUCUAAAUAUAACUAAAUAAACAAUAAAAGUUUUUAU